AAGGUAUGAUUUUGUCCCUAAAUUAAACCAUGCUUGUUUGAUUUUUUUUUCUUUUGAUACCAUGUUUUAAACCCUGAUGACUUAAAGUUUGAAAAUGUUAAAUCCCAUUCUAUUUACACUGACAUCUAAUUAAAUGUAUAUUGUUACUAAAUAACUUCCUAUUAUCAAACGAAUAUUAGUGUUUUAAGUGGAAACAACUUACAUAACUGUAUUUAAUUUUGUGAUGUAAACAACUGAAAGGAUGGCAGUGUGACUGCAGGAAGCAGGAGAUGUGAUGUGGGCUAAAACUUCACGUGAAUGAGCCUGAUGUUCCGCCAGCUCCUCCUCCUAUCAUUCCUGUCACUGUUUACGGACACACUCCUGGAAAGUAGGUCAUGGGAAAACAAGCCGACGCUUCCCACUUAUCUAGUUGUCUGUUAUAAUUAUUCGGAAGUCCGUGGAGUCUGACCAGUUUUGCUUUUUUGGGGUCAGCUGAACGUGAUGCCGGAGAACUAAAGCAAAAAAAAGAGGCUGGACUUAUGCAUGCCACUCAUUUGGACCAGACUGUAACUGAGUGGUAACUUACCUGGCUUGUGAAACUGCUUUGCUGCCAUGUCGAGGCGGAACAGGAACAGCCGUGCGUGGCGAUAUGUUUGGGGCGGGAUACGGCGGGACGCCGAUGCCCGUGCUCUAGUCUUGGCCUCAGAAACCGAGGAAUGGAAUUAUGAACGCUUUGAGUACAGUGAUUCCGAUUCAGAGGCUGAGUUUUCCCCGGUGAUGCGUCCACCCGUUCCCAGCGCUGUGCCCGUGACAGGAGAGUCCUAUUGUGGCUGUGAUUCCCAGGCAGACAGCAAUUACAACCCUCGUCUCCGAGGGUUUCACCAAGUGAAGGACUGCCACUGUGGAGAAGAUGACCAAGACUUUGACUGGGUCUGGGACGCCACCAGUCGAUCAACGGCGACUUUACUGACCUGUGAUAACCGCAAAGUCAACUUCCACUCCGAAUACAGCUGUGGGACAGCGGCUAUUCGGGGUUCAAAGGAGCUGGCUGAUGGGCAGCACUUCUGGGAAAUAAAGAUGACGUCUCCAGUUUACGGAACAGACAUGAUGGUUGGGAUUGGAACAUCUGAAGUCAACCUGGACAAAUACAGACACACGUUUUGUAGCUUGCUGGGCAAAGAUGCAGACAGUUGGGGUCUUUCUUACACUGGUUUGCUGCAUCAUAAAGGCGACAAGAUGAACUUCUCAACCCGUUUCGGGCAAGGCUCCAUCAUUGGGGUUCACUUGGACACCUGGCACGGCACCCUCACGUUUUUCAAGAAUCGAAAGUGUAUAGGUGUUGCAGCUACAGAACUCCAAAAUAAGAAGUUUUAUCCAAUGGCCUGCUCCACCGCAGCCAAGAGCAGCAUGAAGGUCAUCCGAUCCUGCUCGGCACCCACCUCUUUGCUCUACCUGUGCUGUGCUCGUCUUCGUCAGCUAGUGCCAGACUGUAUAGAUAUCUUGGAUGUGCUGCCGCUGCCGCCAGGUCUUCGUCAGUUGCUCCACAACAAACUGGGUUGGGUGCUCAGCCUGAGCAGCGGCUCCACAGAGGAAACCUCCGAAGGGCCUGAGCGGUCCUCGCGUUUGCCCGGCCCCUCCUCAGCCGGACCGUCCUUCUCCGAGAGCGACUCGGAGGGUUGCACGUCCGACGCCGAGGCCUGUCAGAGGAAAAGAUGCCGCUGGACGUGACUCAGUAGCUUGAACACUACCUCCUCUCAAAACGCUGACAGACAUUGCUGCUGUCCAACAAGUGUUGCCUGCUUCCAUCCAGCUUUGUUUUCACAUCAGUGUUCUUCGUGAGGCAAAAAAACAAAACAGGACUGAUCAAGCAGAAAGAGAGGAUCAUCGCUGGAAAACCGUAAUCCUGCCUGCAUAUUUUUUUUACUGUGAAAUGUUCUCAUGCCAUUUAGACAGAUCCACAUUUGUCGUAUAGUUAGUCUCUAAACCAGCUUGGUAAAAUCUGUGAAUAUCUGUGACGCUAUUUAUAGGUGUAGAUGGUUUGCAGUCUUUCCUGAACAAGGAUGCACAGCAGCGUUACCUACGCUGUCAUCAGAGGAUACUAUGGUAAACUUGCAGCAGCGAGUUCCUGUUUUCUGUAUGCAAUUGUGUGUUGUUCUGAACUUUAUUGUUAUCAGUGUAUGACCAAAAUCAUCCUACAGUUAUAAUUGGUCGUGGAAGUGAAAAUUUGACCCAGAAACAUUAACAGCAAGCUAACGCUUUCCUUUGUUUCUGGUAGAUUAGUGUUUCUGAUGAAGCUUCACCACCAUCUUUGUUUAGUAGCUUUUUUAACUCAUGCAGCCAUGGCAUGCCGUCAUAUAGUCACUUUUUUGUUGCUGUUACAAUGUUUUUAUAUACUUUUUUAUUUUAAAGUGAUUUUUCUAUGCCAGUAAUUUUAUCGUUAAUCUUUUUUGUACUAAUCUGUUUAUGCACCUUUUUUUUCUUCAUUAUAUUGGUUACAUUGUU